CACACCUUCUGUGGUGAGCCCUGUCUGGAAGGACUGGUCGACUACGCCAGACGACAGAUCAAGUGCCCGGAAUGUAGAGCAGAGCACCGGAUCCCCUACAAUGGGGUGCAGACGUUCCCUAAUAACGUCACUUUAGCCCGAUUUCUAGACCUACACCGGGGUAUCACCGGCGAAGAGCCGGAGCCUCUGCCCUCUCAAAUGGACAGAUGCGGUGUUUGUUCAGAAAAGGCCUUCUGUGAGAGGUGUUCCCACUGUGAUAAGAAAGUGUGCGAAGAGUGCAAAGAAGCACAUCUCGAUAUAUUGCGGCGAGAGAUCACUCGCAUCAACGGUCAGGUGCGGAGGGGUCUCAACAAACUCACUGAACACUCGCAACAGUCCGGAAGGAAUUGCGAUAAAUUGCAGUCAAGUACCAAACAAAUCAGGGAUGAAAUCACAGAAUCUGUUCGACGAAUCAUUAAAGACCUCAAAGACAAGGAAUCGAAACUUUUACACGAAUUGGAAGAAUACACACAAACAGAGGCUAAGAGUGGAGAGAAGACUAAAGAGGAUUUGGAUCAGGAAUUAGUGAAUAUAACGAGUAAUUGUGAACUCAUUGAGAAUCACAUCAAUGAGAACGAGGAGUGGACGGACGCAGAGCUGGUCGAGUAUAAGGAGAUAUUAGUGAAGACAUUGGAGUUUCUCAGGAAUUUAGACCCGGAUACCAGUGACUUCGCCCGCAAAGUCAAGUUUCAGUACAAAACCGAUUUUGAUGUCUUGAGGCGCUCUGUCGUCGACUUCGGCGAACUCAAGAUAACGACCCCUAAUGUGAUGCUCUCGCCAUCGGAGAGCACUACUAAUCUUAAUUCACUAUCGGUUCCCAACCAAACAAAUCUAUUGAGGAGUCAAAGCGAUCAUCGAUUGGCUCAACAGUUCCAACAGAGAAAAUCUGAGUCGAGUCGAUAUCUAGACAUCUCCGGCAGUCAAAGCAGAUUAUCUGCGCUCACACACAGUGACACCGAAAGAGAUAAUAGACUCGAGAGAAAUACAUCGCCGACACGACAACGAUUUGAUCGGUACGGCAUCGAUAGGAGACACUUAGAGGAAAGGGAACCGAGGAGUAGAUUUGAUACGUCAGCGCUCACCAGAGGUUGGCCUCGGCCUUCAGACACGGAAGACUCUGUCGCUCCGACCACUCAUUUUAGAUCACGUUUUAUGAGAGAACGAAAUAAUCAGGAAUUAAGUAGUUUUGAAGACUCUCAUGACUCGGACUAUGGAGGAAGUCAUCGAAGUGUCCGCUUUGAAGAGCCUAACGCUCAGCCCAGGGCUAAAGUUUUUGAGACCGAAGAGGUCACGAAAGGGCCGUUGAGUGGAGUUAUUAAACUCAUGGACUCUCCGCAUGUAAUGCAAAGACUUCAUCAAAACGAAGUCCGACAAAAAUUGAAAGAACAGGAGGCGCUGAACGCACCCCCGCCCGCACCACAGCCUCCUCCUCCAGUGACUACACCGACUCCUACCCCACGAAGAGCGCCGUCCAGACAAGUGAGUGAAGACGAGAUCGAAAAGCAAAAGAAGGCCAAUCAGGCGGCCGCCGCCGCAGCCGCGGCCAACCCACCGGUGGCGCCCACUCCUCCUGUGCCACAAUCGCCGAAGACAUCAGUUCCACAGUCGCCGACAACAGUACCUGAAUCUCCGAAUAGACUAAUCAACAGAAGACUGACUCAACUUCAGAAGGAAGACUCCGUCACUCGUUAUAGUACUGACUCUUCACGACAUGGAUCUGAUGCCGAAGAAUCGCAAUUAGGAGACGAUUCCGACACGAAUACAGGGAUCGGGCGAUUCAACCGAAGACGUGACGAAAGCGAUAGUUCGCGGGUUUCCACUGCACGACAGACAUCAACUCAAAGGCAAGUAUCCGAUUCUGUCGACAAUAGUUCCACUCCUUCGACUCCAACCACUAAUUCGGUGACAACUACUGGUGCGCUGCCAAUCACUCCUCCGGUCGACAGCUCAACAAACAUCACCUCAAGCCCUACCAGUGCUAUCGAUACAACCAUUAGUUCAGAUAUUAGCCAUAACCAUGAGAUUAAACAAGACUCUAAAGACUGUCAAGACUCUCCUGCCUGUCCUCCACCUCCACCUCCACUUAAGUACAAGUUUGUGUCGAAACCCUAUAGUUCUCGUAACUUCUCGACAACCAAUAACUCUGUAUCGGAAACCUUAGCCAAUGGGAGAACUCAAAGUCAAUCAAAUCCAUCAACCGAUUUGUAUAGUUCAAGAUAUAGUGCCAAAACCACACCAAAUGUCACACGACUCUCAAGUGAUGUACGUUAUGAUAAACACUAUACCCGUAAUACCGGUGCAAACAGUAUUCCCAGCAGUUAUUCCAGUAGAAGAAGUCCAGCACUUAAUGAUAAUUUAAUGCCAAGAGCUUCCGACGCUUCCACUAAUCACUUACUUCCCGCCAAUUCUGCUAUUAGUAGUCAUUCCUCAACUAAUAGUAGAUUGGGUUCACCCGAGAGGCGGGUGAGUCUUGAAGACUUUAGAGGUCAGGAAAGGCCUAACUAUAACCCCCAUAGACAGGCGCGACCUAAUGCAGUCACUUCCUCAUAUCAAAUGCCUUUAACAUCAAAUGUAUCGCACUUACGAAGUCCGACCUCUGCAGCCAUUUUGUCGACAGUGUCUGUACGUUCGCCGCUGGGGAAGAACCCAUCGUUAGACCGAUCGACCGACCGAACAGACAGACAUCACUCUACAAAUACCUCCCACACCACCGCUCAGACAUCUGAUCCCCAAUCAGACACAAUCACUAACAGAACUCCAAUUACUUCAGACAAAACAAAUAUCAGAACCCUUUCCACUGACAUCGAGAGCGAAUCCAGUGAUAGUAAUGCUAGCAAUGAGUCGAGCGCUGACUCCGAAUCUGAAUCCGAAGACGAAGAGGAGUCCACUUCAAUGCCAAUCGCCGCCACCAAUACAGUCAGUGCCAGUAGUGGUCGACACCCGACCAGUAGUUCCCUUGAGAGGCCGUCACACGAGAGGUCUGACAGAACCAUUCAAAUGCCCGCAUCUGUAUCCACUUUAUUGAAUCGCAGCGCACAGGCCCGGAAGGACAACCUCUCGACCAUCAAUAGGUCAGAUUCACCCCAAUCCUCACGAAUCUCCCGACAAAACACUUUGACCGAUGAGACCAAUAGCGACCCCAACCGUCCCCUCUAUAAGGGAAGGCGAGCGUCAGACGCCUCCAAAGAGGAGUCUACGCCAACAUAUCAGUCGAGACGGACUCUGACCCGAGCGGCUACUCUUGAGGACGACAACGACGACCAGACCGUCACAUCUUCGGCAUACUCUCGAUUCCUCGCCCGAAGCAAAACCAGUUCCGCGUUGGCGGCCAAAGAGGACACGACCGGAGAUGACUCCCGAUUCACAUACUCGCGAAGACCUGAUAAAUUUGGUACGACUUCUAGUAGUUCCUCAUAUCGUAGCCGUUUGGCCAAAAGCAAGAGUUCGCACGCAUUAUAUGGUUUCGAUGACAGCGACGACGAGAAUGUGAACCCUAUAUCUCCGACAUAUAAAAGCAAAUACGGAGAGUCAGCUCUGCCUACCAGAAGAACAUCCCGAUCCUCAGGAUAUACAUAUAGGACUCGAGAUCCGGGCAGUCCUCCUCCCGAGGAUGAGACCGGCCAAUCAGUGGCUCAAUAUUUGAUCAAUAAAUACGGCACCAAAUCAUCCGUCCAGAAGACAGAGCCCACCAAUAGAACCAAUUCUAUACUCAAGAGUAAGAGCUCUCAUGUUAUUUACGGCAGAAGUAUCUCGAGUUCAGACGACGAGCCGCCCAUAAGUGUCCGACGCGGCAGUCGAGACGAUGCCUCGGCGUCACUCAUCUCAUCGCUUAAGACAUCGAGUUAUGGGUUGACUUAUCCCCGACAGAUGUAUACCCAAAAGGGUAGGCUUAUGAUGAAAUUGGGAUCGAGGGGUACGGAAGCCGGUUGUUUCACUUGGCCCCGGGGUGUGGCUGUCGGACAGAAUAAUAGCAUAGUUGUGGCCGACUCUUCCAACCAUAGGGUGCAGGUGUUUGACUCGACCGGAAGGUUCUCCUUUGAGUUCGGGUCGUAUGGUAGCGGAGAGGGAGAGUUCGACUGUUUGGCCGGAGUUUGUGUCAACAGAAUCGGACAGUUCGUCGUUUCCGACAGAUAUAACCAUAGGAUACAAGUGUUUGACGCCUCCGGAAGAUUUAUGAGAGCUUUUGGAUGUGAGGGACGAUCUGAUGGCAAAUUCAGUUACCCCUGGGGUAUAGCCGCCGACGCCUUAGGAUUUAUAUAUGUUUGCGAUAAAGAGAAUCACAGAAUCCAAGUCUUCCAAUCGGACGGCCUGUUUGUCGGCAAGUUUGGCACAAUUGGGAGUAGGACUGGCAUGUUAGAGCACCCACACUAUAUCGCUGUCAGUAAUACUAAUCGUGUGGUGAUCAGCGAUAGUAAUAAUCAUAGGAUUCAAAUAUUUGAUGUGAACGGACGGUCUCUUUCCACUUUUGGCAGCGAAGGCUCAAACGAAGGACAGUUUAAGUUCCCGAGGGGUGUGGCGGUGGACGACCAGGGAUUCAUAAUAGUGGGCGACAGCGGGAACAAUAGGAUCCAGAUAUUCAAUCCCGACGGCACCUUCCUAAAGGCAUUCGGCACUUGGGGUUCGGGUGAGGGAGAGUUCAAAGGCCUGGAAGGGGUGGCCAUCACAUCGACCGGUAAUAUAUUGGUCUGCGACCGCGAGAACCAUCGGAUUCAGAUGUUUUGAACAAUUUUAUAGAAGUUUUUAAAGCUUUUUCAAAAAAAAAUUAUCAUUUAUUUGUUUAUGAUUUUAGUUUAUUUGAUUAUUUAAAACUUAUGUUUAGUCAUUAAUUUAUUUACAGAUUUGAUUGUCAUUAUAGGUGUUGACAUGAGAUUUAGGUCUAUCGUCGAUGGUUAGACCUAUUAUCCAAUGAAACACUUUUCCCUAAUUUUACAUUUAAUUUAUAGCUUUGUUAGACUUGAAAAGUCAGUGAAAAAAGUGGGCGAAUAUUAAUGUUUUGUCUGAAAUAAUUGGUUUACUAUUAUUACAAGUUACUCAUUAGAGAUAUUUUAUUUUUUAACCAAACGUUUAAACCGUUGACUAACUC